GCAGGCGCAGUCCGCGCUCCCUCGGCGGCCCCCAGCGCAGUGCGCCCGCCGCGGCGGAGGGUAGCGGCGUCGCCGGCGGCCUCCUCUCGCUCUCGUGGCUCCGGGGCGCGCUCCGUGGGGGCUCCGCGAGCGCUUCUGAUCGCGGGCAGCGGCCGCCGCGGGUUCCUCAGGUUAUCUUAUGAUGAGGCUUUUACUAUGGCUAAUGACCCCUUGGAAGGCUUCCAUGAAGUAAACCUUGCUUCACCUACUUCUCCGGACCUUCUUGGCGUGUAUGAAUCGGGAGCUCAAGAGCCGACUACCUCACCAGGUGUCAUCUACCGGCCUCUCCCUUCAUCUUUAUGCUCUGCCCCUAUCCAGGCUAAUGCCUUAGAUGUCUCCGACCUUCCUACACAGCCUGUAUAUUCAUCCCCCAGACGUUUAAAUUGUACGGAAAUAUCUGGUAUCAGCAUCCAUGUUACAGACCCAGCACCUUGUUCUACCUCUGGAGUAACGGCUGGGUUAACGAUAUUAACUACGAGAAAGGACAACUGUAGUGCAGAGAGGGAGUUUUUGCAGGGUGCUACUAUAACAGAAGCUUGUGAUGGCAGUGAUGAUAUAUUCGGGUUGAGUACAGAAAGUCUGUCCCGUUUACGAAGCCCAUCUGUUUUGGAAGUCAGAGAAAAGGGCUAUGAAAGAUUGAAAGAAGAACUUGCAAAAGCUCAGAGGUUUUGCUUUUCCAGAAUGUCAUACAGUUGGAAUCAUACAGAACUGAAGUUAAAAGAUGAAGAGUGUGAGAGGCUUUCUAAAGUACGUGAUCAACUUGGACAGGAAUUGGAGGAACUCACAGCUAGUCUGUUUGAGGAAGCUCAUAAGAUGGUGAGAGAAGCAAAUGUCAAGCAGGCAACAGCAGAAAAACAGCUAAAAGAAGCACAAGGAAAAAUUGAUGUACUUCAAGCUGAAGUAGCUGCAUUGAAGACACUUGUAUUGUCCAGUUCUCCAACAUCGCCAACACAGGAGCCUCUGCCAGGUGGAAAGACACCUUUUAAAAAGGGGCAUACAAGAAAUAAAAGUACAAGCAGUGCUAUGAGUGGCAGUCACCAGGACUUCAAUGUGAUACAGCCAUUUGUAAAAGACUGCAAAGAGGCUGACUUGUCUCUGUAUAAUGAAUUCAGAUCUUGGAAGGAUGAACCCACAAUGGACAGAACGUGUCCUUUUUUAGACAAAAUCUAUCAGGAAGAUAUCUUUCCAUGUUUAACAUUCUCCAAAAGUGAGUUGGCUUCAGCUGUUUUGGAGGCUGUGGAAAACAAUACUCUAAGCAUUGAACCGGUGGGAUUACAACCUAUUCGAUUUGUGAAAGCUUCUGCAGUCGAAUGUGGAGGACCAAAAAAAUGUGCUCUCACUGGCCAGAGUAAAUCCUGUAAACACAGAAUUAAAUUAGGAGAUUCAAGCAACUAUUAUUAUAUUUCUCCUUUUUGUAGAUACAGGAUCACGUCUGUGUGUAACUUUUUUACAUACAUUCGCUAUAUUCAGCAGGGACUUGUGAAACAGCAGGAUGUUGACCACAUGUUUUGGGAGGUUAUGCAGUUGAGAAAAGAGAUGUCACUGGCAAAGCUGGGAUAUUUCAAAGAGGAACUCUGAUCCUCUGCCUGGGACCAUGCACGAACCUCCCUGAUACCUGGACAGUGGCUGAAUAUUUUCAUGGUUACGUGAUAUUUAUUUCCACGGUGUGGGCCCAGGACUUUCCCCCCCUUUUGCAAAUUACACCAAGAAGUACUGUGAUUUCUUUUAAACUGGCCUGUGCUGUGUCUGCUUGUUCUUUAGUUGAACACACUAUAAUGAAUUACAGGUGUCCUAGUGAUUGUAAUUUAUAGUCACAAAAAAAAGCUAAAUAAAUAAAUACUAGAUCAAA